AUGAACUUCCGUUGGAAAGUGUGGUUUGCAAGUCAUGCUCUAGUAAGCCACGGAGUUGUGGCACGGUCGAAAGUAUCGGUUCCCUUGACGAAUACCAUCAACCUCUACACCGUCCCGAUGGGCAUAGGCCAACCACCUCAAUUCCGCGAUUUGGCCCUUGAUACCGGUUCUUUUGUAGCAUGGUGUGGAGCCAUAACACCUUACGUUGCGACUAAAUCGACGGUCAAUCUAAACUUGCACAUGCACAUCAACUAUGGAGUAGGGUAUGUAGACGGGUCUUACGUUAAUGACACCAUCACCUUUGAGUCGGGGAAUGGGGGUGCACGAAUCGAGAUACCAAACAUGACCAUCGGAAACGCUACCACUUCCGUUGGACUUGACGGUUACGACGGGCAAAUAGGAUUAAAUCCUGUUCCGCGUAAGGAUCCCUCGGUGAUCGAAAAUCAAACACUGAUGGCGUACAUGUGGAGUGGUGGUUUUCUUGAAAAGAACAUGUUCUCGGUCUCCUUCAAACCCACACGCUCGAUGACACCAGAAAAAAAUGGACUUAUUACAUUUGGCGGCAUUGAACCUUCACUAUUUAUUGGCCAGAUCUAUUGGUAUAGUUGCCAAACAGAUGGAUAUUGGUGGGAUUGGACGGUCGACGUAACUUAUGGAAAAGUAGAGCUAAGUUCAGGCCCAAUCCGAGGUAUAUUUGAUACUGGUCUCACACUUGGACCAUCUCUAUCCGAUGACCUAUUUGCCAAGUAUUUAGCUGAGAUACCGGGUGCAAUUUGGGAUGCUGAUGAUUUUGCCAAGAAUAAUCCGGAUUGGAGUGUAAACCGCCACCUCUUAAAGAUCCCAAAGACUUCAAUCAGUCAGAUGAAUGACUUAUGCUUCACAGCUAGUGAUAAGCGCCCCUGGUGUUUCACUCCUGAAGCUCAAUUGGUACCUGAAGGCGUGCUUCCUGAUGACACCUAUCGUUAUUCGUUCAUCACACCAGGCUCAGGGAAAUCAUCAUUCAGCUUUGGCAUGAAAGGCCAUGAGAGAUACUAUGUAGUAUAUGAUUCAGAAAAUUACAGGAUCGGUCUAGCAGAGACAGCUUGGACCAAGACAAAGUUCUGA